UUUUUAAUUUCCCUCUCAUCUUCUUCUUUCUUCUUCCCCUAUAAAUCCAAGGCAGAGGAUUUCGGUUUUCAAAUUAAAUUUCAAUUAUACCAAGUCCUUUCCCUCAAUUAAUUCCCCCAAAAAUUUCCCCCUCAAUUUCGAUCUCCUUCUUCUCCAGUACUAGUACCUAUCGUCCCAACCAGCUGUAUCCAUCCAUCUACCUAUACUUACAAUUCAAACUUACACUAUUUUUGUGUUAAUUUUGGAAAAUGUUCCGAUUGCAGCGAGAAAAGAUCAGAAAAAGAUUUUGACACUUCAGUUAAUUUUGAUUUUUUCUUGUCAAUUUUGCAAUUGCCGUGGAAGAAUUUAUAGUGGAUACAAAGGGCAGAGAAACCGUUUCAUUUUUUUCUGUAUUUAGGGUUUUUGGAUUUUGGUGUUGUGUGUACUUCUGUUUUCCUAUGGCCGAUGUGUUUUCUAUUAUUCCGGCGGCGGUUUUGCGUAAUUUGUCGGAUAAGCUUUAUGAGAAACGGAAGAAUGCGGCGCUUGAGGUGGAAGGGAUAGUGAAACAAUUGGCAGUGGCCGGGGAGCAUGAUAAGAUUGCGGCGGUGAUUAAUUUGUUGGUUAAUGAGUUCACAAACUCCCCGCAGGCUAAUCACCGAAAGGGAGGUUUGAUAGGAUUGGCAGCUGCUACUGUGGGUUUGACUUCUGAAGCGGCCCAGCAUCUUGAGCAAAUUGUACCACCAGUGCUAAACUCCUUUUCUGAUCAAGAUAGCAGAGUUCGUUAUUAUGCUUGUGAAGCUCUAUAUAACAUAGCAAAGGUUGUAAGGGGAGAUUUUAUUGUGUUCUUUAAUCAAAUUUUUGACGCAUUAUGUAAGCUUUCCGCAGAUUCAGAUGCCAAUGUACAGAGUGCUGCCCAUCUUUUAGACAGACUAGUGAAGGACAUAGUCACAGAGAGUGAUCAAUUCAGCAUUGAAGAAUUUAUCCCAUUGCUAAGGGAACGAAUGAAUGUCCUCAAUCCCUAUGUCCGCCAAUUCUUGGUGGGAUGGAUCACCGUAUUGGACAGUGUUCCUGAUAUAGAUAUGUUGGGUUUCCUCCCUGAUUUUCUUGAUGGACUAUUCAAUAUGCUAAGUGAUUCUAGCCAUGAGAUACGCCAACAAGCUGAUUCUGCACUUUCAGAAUUUCUUACAGAAAUCAAGAAUUCUCCAUCUGUAGAUUAUGGUCGCAUGGCUGAGAUAUUGGUACAGAGAGCUGCUUCCCAGGAUGAGUUUACUCGGUUGACUGCUAUUACUUGGAUAAAUGAGUUUGUAAAGCUUGGUGGGGAUCAGCUUGUUCCUUACUAUGCUGAUAUUCUGGGAGCUAUUCUUCCAUGCAUAUCUGAUAAAGAAGAGAAAAUAAGAGUUGUUGCUCGUGAAACAAAUGAAGAACUUCGAGCAAUUAAGGCUGAUCCUGCUGAAGGAUUUGAUGUGGGAGCAAUCCUCUCGGUUGCAAGGAGGCACUUGUCUACUGAAUGGGAGGCAACACGUAUUGAAGCAUUGCAUUGGAUUUAUACCCUCUUAAAUAGACACCGUACAGAGGUUCUGGCAUUCCUGAAUGAUGUUUUUGAUACACUUCUCAAGGCAUUAUCAGAUCCAUCCGAUGAGGUAGUCCUUCUGGUGCUUGAAGUGCAUGCAUGCAUAGCCAAGGAUCCACACCAUUUCCGUCAGCUCGUCGUGUUUUUAGUUCAUAACUUUCGGGUUGACAAUUCUCUCCUAGAGAGACGUGGUGCUUUGAUAAUCCGCCGGCUGUGUGUUCUUUUAGAUGCUGAAAGAGUUUACCGGGAGCUAUCUACAAUUCUUGAAGGAGAAUCUGAUCUGGAUUUUGCGUCUAUUAUGGUUCAGGCUUUGAAUUUAAUUUUGCUUACAUCAUCUGAGUUGUCUGGUCUUCGAGACCUUUUGAAACAAUCAUUGGUUACUGCUGCUGGAAAAGACUUGUUUCUUUCUUUAUAUGCCUCAUGGUGCCAUUCGCCAAUGGCAAUAAUAAGCCUUUGCUUAUUAGCUCAGACGUAUCAACAUGCUAGUUCUGUCGUCCAAUCCCUAGUUGAGGAAGAUAUUAAUGUUAAGUUCUUGGUCCAACUGGACAAAUUGAUCCAUCUAUUGGAGACUCCCACCUUUGCUUACCUCAGACUGCAGCUUCUUGAACCUGGAAAAUAUAUUUGGCUUUUGAAAGCUUUGUAUGGUCUUCUGAUGCUGCUUCCCCAGCAAAGUGCAUCAUUUAAGAUUCUGCGGACCAGAUUGAAAACCGUACCUCCGUACUCAUUCAGCGGUGAACAACUAAGGAUGGCGUCAUCUGGGAUCCCCUAUUCACUAAUGAAUUAUACAGGGAGUGGGUCACAAAUUUCUGAGGACGGUGAUAUGCAUGAUGAUCUACAAAAUCCGCACAAUGGAAUAAAUUUUGCUUCCAGACUUCAACAGUUUGACCAAAUCCAGCAGCAGCAUCGCAUGCAUGCCAAGACACAGACCCAGUCACGAUACAGCUCCACUUCUUCAACAAAGUUGGUUCAGGAGGUUCAAAGACUGGAAGAGCCAAAGAGACCUUCAGCAGCACAGGAGCUGAGCCGGCCUCCUUCAAGGUCUUUGCGAAGAGGUCCAGGCCAACUACAACUUUGAGUCUUUUGGGUUUUUGUGCUUUAGUUGAGGUUCAUUAUACAGCAAUCUCGGCGUUAGCCGAGCCUCUUAGCAUAAGUGUAAAUUGUAUAUUCUAGGAGUUGGUUUUUGUUAAAAACUUCCAGAGGUUGUUGGGAUGGUGGAAGUUGGGUUUUGGCAUCCAUGCUCUCGGAUAUUUCCGAGCUAUUCUUUUUUAGCGGACAGAUGACACCAUGUGGUUAUGUUGUUUUUAUUAAAGCCAUAUGGGAAGAAGAGGUAGAUAUCCAAUUUAGGAUACUUGAUGAAGAUUGUUUUUUAGUAAUUCAUCCCUUGCAACCAUUAAAUAAAUAUAAAUAUAUCUACUUGCCCA